GAAAGCUGCAAUGAAGCUGUUUUCUCUACAAGUUCUUUACAAAGCCGACACGAAACCGAAAUUGCUGCAGGGCGCUUACGAGCUCUCUAGCUUCAGCUUUUUUCAGCGCGGUAGUGUUCAAGAAUUUCUGGAUUUCACUGCAAAGCUAGUCUGUGAAAGAACAGCAGUUUGCAAAUAUUUUUGCCACAUAUUUGUUCGUCAUGAUAAGCUAUGUGCGGUUGUCUUCUCCGACCAGGAGUACCCUCAAAGAGUGGCGCAGACGCUACUAACGAAGGUCUUAGAGGACUUCAGCACCGAGUAUUCGCCGUCCACAUGGGCUACUAUGUCUGCUGGAGGAGCCAACAUGCGAAAGCUAGGCGAGUACCUCAUCAAAUAUCAAGAUCCCUGUCAAGCUGAUAGCUUGUCAAAGUUGCAAGCCGAUGUGGAGGAUACAACUCAAAUUCUUCAUCAAACUCUCGAGACGUUAAUCGAACGCGGUGAAAAACUUGAUGAUUUGGUAAUCAAGUCGGAAGAUCUCAGUUCUCAAUCCAAACUUUUCUAUCAGACGGUAAAUACUCUUCUCAUGUUUUUUUAA